AUGCCUCUUCGACUAUUGUGCACGACCUCUGAGGCUCAGCACGCCUUGCCUUUGGACCCGUCGGCAUGUCCGAGGACAAUGAACAUCCCUUUACAAUGCGGUUCUGGUGGCUACCUCUACUCCCCGCAGGUGGCCAUGGUGGUUCCUCCGUCCCUCCCAUCAGAUCUGAAGGCAAGCUCCCGCAAUGCCAGGUUGUGGAACUGCGACACGGGCGAGCCCAUCUACUCUGGCCAACUCAUGACGAUAAGGACCCGGGAUCCGGAGGUGAUUCCCCCUCCCAUCAUUCUCUCCUUUAUCCUGUACCAGGACAUGGGAGACUGCUGUUGUCACUCCCGGAAAGAGGACAAGCAAUACUCACAAAAAGCAUAUCACCUGCAGCCAUCGCUGUAUCGCCUUUGA